AUGGCUGCUGCUGCUACUGCCUCACAAAUCUUUCAAAACCAUCACGGUGAUAAUAACAGUAACAGCAACAAUGACGUUAGCAGGCAAGAGAUACACGCUGCCAUUGCCAAGGCUGUGGAGCUUAGAGCUUUACAUGCAGCUUUGAUGCAAGGAAACAGCCCUGCAAAUCUUAGAUACCCAACUUCUGCUUCUCCUUUUUCACGCCCUGUUUCUCAGCUCUCUGGUCAAGAUUACCCUGUUUUCAAUCCUAGUUAUGAAAAUGAAACAUUAUCUGGAUACCAUACAAACAACCAAGCUUUACCUGAAAGUUGGGAUGAAUAUGAACUGGAAGCAGGAGAAGGCACUGAAACUGUUUUAUCAGAUUAUAAGAAGGAGAUUUCAGCUUCGAGGAAAGUAUUCUCUCCGGCUUUGGCCGCCUUUGAAUCCCAUAUUUGUCCUGCUGAAUAUCAAAAAUCUGUUACUGGUUCUUGUGCAAACCACAUUACUGUCCAACAAACAUCACCAGCAAAACAAUUUUACAAGUCCAGUAGAAGUAGGAGAAACAGUUUGGGGGAUUUCAAAUCAGUGUCUUCUUGCAAUAGAUGCAAGCCUGCUGCUAUAACAAGUGAAUCCGAAAAUGUCAUUAGGAACAUCGAGAAUUCUAAUACCCUGGUGCCACUAACAGAUUCUCACUCGUCAGUUCAAUCACAACCCAAGAAUCGAAGGGUGAUUUCAUGGUUAUUCCCUCGGUUAAAGAAGAAACAGAAGAACGAGAAUUCGCCUAACCCAACAGAAUCCGAGGAAGUUUCACAAAUAUUCAAGGACUUCGGCAUGUUGUCAAUUGAAACAUUGAAGAGAGAGCUGAUAGAGGCAAAUGAGAAUAGAGACGCGGCCUUGAUGGAAGUUGCUGAGAUGAGAUCUUCAUUAGGAGAGCUCAAGCAGAAGCUGGAGUAUUUAGAAACCUAUUGUGAAGAGCUCAAGAAAGUCUUAAGGCAAUCAACACAAACAAAGGAUUCUCAAAUCAACGAAAAGCUUGGAAAUUUUCCUAGGAGAGGUAACUCCAUUGAUGGGAAUGGAGAAAACCUGAUGCCUGUCAGUGAGGAAGUUAUGGUAGAGGGUUUCUUGCAGAUAGUAUCAGAAGCAAGAUUGUCGGUGAAACAAUUCUGCAAGACACUUGUUGGACAGAUUGAAGAGACUGACAAUACUUUAAUGGACAAUUUGAAUUUGGUUCUUCAACCAUAUAAACUUUCAUUGAAUUCAAAGUACUCUAAGGCGGUAUUAUACCAUUUGGAAGCAUUUAUAAACCAAUCACUCUACCAAGAUUUUGAGAAUUGUGUAUUUCAGAAGAAUGGAUCGCCAAAGCUCUUAGACCCUCAACAAGAUCGCCAAGCUCAAUUUUCGUCAUUUGUUGCACUCAGAAAUCUAAGCUGGAAUGAAGUGCUGAGGAAGGGGACUAAAUAUUAUAGUGAAGAAUUCAGUAAGUUCUGUGAUCAGAAGAUGAGUUUAAUCAUUUCAACGCUGAAUUGGACUAGACCAUGGCCAGAACAGCUGCUUCAAGCUUUCUUUGUUGCAGCUAAAUGCAUAUGGUUGCUUCAUUUGCUUGCUUUCUCAUUCAAUCACCCAUUGGGAAUUUUAAGGGUUGAAGAAAAUAGAACCUUUGAUCCACAUUACAUGGAAGAUAUGUUCACGGAAAGGCAAAGAUCACAUGGACCGAGCCGGGUUAAGAUCAUGGUGAUGCCUGGAUUUUAUGUUCAGACAAGGGUUUUAAGGUGUAAGGUGAUCUGCAGAUAUAAAAUUGCAGCUUAAUUAAUUUGCUUAAAAUUCCUUUCUCAAGUGGUUUUUUCAGGGCAGUUUCAAGUAGGAAAGUUUGUUAGUAGCAAAUAGAUGUUAAUAGAUGUGCAAAUAGGUUUCUUCUGUAUUACUUCCACUUGACAUGAGUCGCUAAAAUGAUUGAA